UAUGGCUUCGUUGCAUCCGGCGUUUCCUUUUCAUCAAAGAGAAACCCUUCUAGUGCAUCUGGACAAAAUCAAAUUUGCCACAGAGGAUAGACAGCAGAAUCGGUACAGAAUAAACGCCCAGGCCCAGGAAGCAGAGUACCUGGGCCCAGCUGCCGUCACCACUGAAGCCAGUCUGGAUGAGAGGACACAGGGGCAGGGGCAGAGACAGUGUGCCAGCCAGACACCCCCCAGCUGCAGGACCCAGAGGGAAGCUGUACAUAUAGAGAAGAUUGUACUGAAGGGGAUGUCACAGAGCAGGACAGACAGGGAAUACAAUUUUGAGGUGAAGUGGUCUGACUUCUCAUACAGCAACGUAAGGAAAACACAGCUUGAACUGGAGAGCUUCUUGUUGAAGCUUCCCAAGGAGCAGUCCACGGAGUCGUUUGAGAAGGGCAUCCUCCGGCUGCUCAACCAGGGAGACAUGUACGAGAGCAGGGGGGUGGAGAGGAACCUCAAGGAGAAGUUUCUGUCGGCUCCACAAGCUUUCCGACGGACGAGGAAGGUCUGUGGCUUCUUCCUGUGUGAGUCCUCCUCUUCCUCCUCCUGCAGCUGCAGCAGAUGUAACCCUGCAGCUCUGUCCUUCAAGGAGGACGGUUCUGAGGCAUCCAGCCAAGAGGAAAUUGUGUAUUUGGAUCCGUACGUUCUGGGACACCGAAAGAAACAUGUCAGCAAUAGACCCUGUAUUAGCGUUCCCGAUGCCAAACGUUCCCAGGAAGAGAGCGUUCCAAAGGGGUCACGCAGCCUGCCUAACUGGAGGAGGAAGUCCUGCACGCAUCAACCCGACCAGGAGGCCUCUGGGGGCCCAGAGCAGCAUCAGGGCAGUGAGAAGAGGGGCAACCACCCUGCCAGCAUGAGGCAGCCACUGGGACCAGACAGGGAAAAGGGGAAGAAAGCAUACUUGGCGGCAAAUGGGAGCAUGGUGCCACCAGCCUCUCAGCGAGCGCGACAGUCGACAGGGAAAGACGGAGACUCCGGUCAGGAGGUAUACGGCGAAACCUCGUCUGAGAGCUACAGCUCAGCCUCCAGCCCCCAGCACCACGAACCAGAGAGCCUGGACAGCGAGGACGAAGAGGAUAAAGAUACGGACAGUACCCAGGGCCCAGCGGACUCCUUCUUCCCCUGGCAGGAGGUUGCAGGUGGGGCCAUGCCCACCAUCCACCAUCUGGUCUCUGCCAAGCCUGUUGGGGAGCCCCCCAGCCUUGACUAUCCCCCAAACACCUUCAUGCACCCCCUGCCCUGUAUAUUGCCCAACGGUGCACUACCUGCCGAUGCCCCUCUGCCAGGAGAUCCAGAGCAGAUGCCCAUGGUACUCCCAGGGUUUGGCUCCCUAGCCCUGGGCUUACACUCCCCUGGCAGCCCUGCCCUGCAGCCCCCGGUCCAGCACUUCAAGACAGCCCCUCCACAGACCACUGCCAGCUCUGAGGGUGUCACCACCCUCCCUGCCCACCAGCCCCUGGUGGAAUCUAUAAGUGUCAUCACCCCUGGUCCGCCCUAUGCCUCACCCCUGCAGCCUGCCUACUCCAACCCAGACCCUGCCGCCCCCCUAACCCCAUCCGUACCCCUGGGGGACCUUAGCAUCCCUCACAUCAAGCACCCAGAUGUGUCUCUUUUCUCGGACCUGCCCUCCCUGUACCCUAUGGCUCCUAUCCCCACUUCCGUCAUGGCCACACUAGGGGUAGCGCCUUCCCCUGGACAGGUUCAGGCGGUGGUGCCCCAGUCCGUACCCACCCGCACCCCCGGCCCAGCGCCCGGCUCAACCCAGACCGACUCCGCCUCCUACGUCAACAGCACCAGUAACUCCGUCACCCAGCAACAGGCGCAACCACAACAACAACAGCAGCAGCAGACGACUCACCAGGAACAGGCCAUGUGCUGCGGGGCGUGCGGUUGCCGAGGCGGCUGCGGCAACAGUCGUACAGCGCCAUCGUUUUUCUUUCCCCACCAGAUGGCGCCACGGCAGGUGUUUGGUGCGCCGCCCAUCUUCCAGCUCACGUCCAUGUGCGCCAGCAACUACCUCAGCCAGCCGCCCCCGCAGAGCAACGGCCAGGCCCAGCUGACAUUCUUCCCCCACGCUCCUUACGCUGGCCAGACCCUGCUGCACACCCAUUCUGACCAUGUACUGGGCACCCAGCUAGGCUAUAGCCUCCAACAGAUGGUGUCGCCCUUCAACCGUUUCUACCCGCACAUGUACCCCUCCAGCGUGGGUAUGGUGACCGGUUCGGGAGGCGGCGGAGGGGCCCUGGGGGGAGCGGUCGGCAUCAACAAGAACAACGGCAACGUCUCCUGCUACAACUGUGGGGUCAGUGGGCACUACGCACAGGACUGCAAACAGCCCUCUGUUGAUUCAUCACAGCAAGGCAGCUUUCGGCUGAAGUACGCCGCCUCCCACUCUCCCCAAGGACUAGACAACGCCAGCUGAACACGGCUUUUCGUUCCGUCAUCUGGUCCUUGGUCACGAGCGGUCCAAGAGAACCCUCCGUUUCAAGAGGGUUUCACUCUGAUGUUUCUCAGUCAUUGUCAUUGUUGGUUUGACCUCUUUAAAGAGCGUGUGUGAGGAGGGUCCUGAGUACUUGUGGCGGAGACGUCCUCUACGUCCCCGUCACAGCUGAGAGUGAAGCUGUCUUGUUUCCAUAGAGACGCACCCCCCCCCACUGAUCCUUUAGAGGCUUUUGGUAUUUUGUACUGAAAACUGGCACAAGACAGCAAGCUGCUCAUGUUCACUAACUUAUUUUUUAUAUUAGAGUGUGGGAGCUUGGGAAAAUGACACCACGUCUCUUAGAGUACGGGAGCUUGGGAAAAUGACACCACAUAUCCUAGAGUGUGAGAGCUUGGGAAAAUGACACCACAUAUCCUAGAGUGUGAGAGCUUGGGAAAAUGACACCACGUCUCUUAGAGUACGGGAGCUUGGGAAAUGACACCAUGUCUCUUAAGAGUGUGGGAGCUUGGGAAAAUGACACCACAUAUUUUAGAGUGUGUAAGCUUGGGAAAAUGACACCACGUAUCUUAGAGUAUGGGAGCUUGGGAAAUGACACCACGUCUCUUAGAGUGUGUAAGCUUGGGAAAAUGACACCACGUAUCUUAGAAUAUGGGAGCUUGGGAAAUGACACCACGUCUCUUAGAGUGUGUAAGCUUGGGAAAAUGACACCACGUAUCUUAGAAUAUGGGAGCUUGGGAAAUGACACCAUGUCUCUUAAGAGUGUGGGAGCUUAGGGAAAUGACACCACGUCUCUUAAGAGUGUGGGAGCUUGGGAAAUGACACCACAUAUUUUAGAGUGUGUAAGCUUGGGAAAAUGACACCACGUAUUUUAGAGUAUGGGAGCUUGGUAAAUGACACCACAUCUCUUAGAGUAUGGGAUUUUGUUCUCUGAAUACAUGGGGAUUCUGCGUGAUCUCGAUUAGAGUUUCCUAUACUUCAUUUUUACAGCGGUAUAUUUAUGCCUCAUUGUUAUUGGACGAGGAUUUGAAUGGUUUAACUGUACAGCUACGAAACAUGAGUACAAACAAAAAAGUUAACGUAAAAAAAAAAAAGCUGGGAAUACUUUUAAAAAUAUUUUUUGCUGCAGUGUUUAUGAAUGUACACCAUAUUUAGUUUUUCUAUGUAAGGAAUCUGGCAGUAUCAAAACAUGUUUCUUAAAGCAUUUGCCACUUGAUAAUAAUGUGAAGCGCAGAGUAAGACAUUUUUAAUCAUCAUGUUUGUCAUGUUGAAGUUAAAUGCUGCUGGGUGUUUAUUUUAGUUAUAAUCUUUGACAAUAUGCACUAUAACUACCAGGAAUUCUGAAGUUUCUCAAGUGCACUGAAACAGUCCCAGACGAACUAAAGCCAGAUCUUAUUGCAACAGUGUAUCCCUCCAUCCAAUAUUCUCUUGGAAAUGCUGUGCUGACCUGCAGAGUCGGGCCACUAUUUGGCUCCUAUUAUUGAUAACACUGUUCUCCUCUGAAAAUAACUCUAUUUUCUUUUAGCCAUUUCUACAGGACUGUAGUGGCCAAGGCAGAUAUCAUGUAACUUCUCUGGAGAUCGAUUAUAUGUAUUCCCACUUCUUCAUUUAAAAUGCAGCUGUGAGAUCUAACUGUAUGGCAUAUGUUUGGUACAUUGGUAAAUGUACAACAUCAAAGAAAUAUGCACAUACACACUACGAAUUGUGUGUGUUUUUCAUGUGGAGUAUGAACACGAUUAGUGUGAGCACUAAUGGAGGGGUCUGACUGGAGUUGUUUGGGGUAUCAGGAUUCGUAGCUUUCCAGGGAUUGAUUUUUUUUUUUUUUAAGUGAAAAUAACCAAACUGCAAAGCAUUCCAGUAGACUAAAUCUGAUCUUUCUUCGUCCUCCCUAUUGUUUUAAGUGAAAGACAGACAUUUUAUGACAGUCUGGAAACUUUAGCCUGCUCUGAUAUUUUUUUUCACUGAUAUACAAAAAAUUCAAUACAUCUGUUUGAUUCCUCCCGUAUGUGUAGGUGAAAGGCAGGAAAUAUGGCACUUCUGCCUGUAACUAGCUAAUGUACAGUUUGGGGGGUCAUAAUCUUUCGGGCAAACCAAAUAAAAAUGCUCUCGACUUGCCCCAAUGGGCAAGUGCCUUUUCAGACCUUAAAGUCAAUCCCUGCCUUCUCAGACAUAUCACUUGACAGAAUUCUCAAUGAUUUAGAACUCUGUCAUGUCUGUCUUAAGAUUUGGGGUCUACAAGUUGUAAAACAUGUGCAUGUACAGUGGGGAGAACAAGUAUUUGAAACAAUGCCGAUUUUGCAAGUUUUCCUACUUACAAACCUUUGAGGUCUGUAAUUGUUAUCAUAGGCACACUUCAACUGUGAGAGAC